AUGUCCGUGUCUUGGCCUCGCUCGGACGUGUGCAUUUUGAUCGCGACCAUCGAGGAGCGGCGGGUGCUGCUUCACGGCGUGGAGGGCGAGCAGCUGGACACGUCCAUCGCGUCCCUGGCCUCGCAGGAGCCGGGCGCCUGGCCGGUGCGCUACGGCUACUGCCUCGUCGGGCGGGUGGAGGCGGCCAGCCGCCUGGCCGCCGGCUCCCGCGUGGUGUGCUUCCACCCACACGCCAGCGCCGCGGUGGUGGCGGAGUCGGACGCGCUGUCGAUACCAGACGACGUGGGCGACGAGGACGCGGCCUUCUUCCCCAACAUCCUGGUGACGGCGUGCUCGCUGGUCCAGGACGCCGCGCCGGUGCUCGGCGACCGCGUGGCCGUCUUCGGCGCGGGCGUCGUCGGCUCGUUGGUGGCCGCGGUGCUGUGCCACGGGCGGCAGGCCGUGGCCGUGGCCGAGCCGCGGCCCGAGCGGCUGCGGCCGCUGCUCGCCGCGCUGCCAGCGGCCGAGGGCCUCGCCUGCGCCAGGGGUGAGUGGAUCUCCUGCGGCACUGGCGGACGCCGUGCGGGUCACCUCGGGGGUGGCCGGGUCGUGGUUGGCUCUUUGUACGGGGAGCAGGGGGCGAUGCUGCCGCUUGGCCUCCGCUUCCACCGCUCCGAGAUGACGCUGGUGGCGUCGCAGGUCAGCAGGGUGGCGGCCCCUUUGUCUACCAGGUGGAGCAAAGGGCGACGCGCGGAGCUGGCCUGGGAGAUGCUGAGGCCCCCAAAGGUCUCUCGACCGCAGAGGUGUACGCUUGGCGCCAAACCCGUGAGGGCGCUGCGGCCUGCCUCGUGGGUGCCGAUGCGGCGCCACCCAGUCGAGCAGGCCGCUGGGGUGUACGCCCGCCUCGCGGGCGGCAGCCCCCCCGCGCAGCUUCUGUUCACGUAGCCCGCGCUUUUCCGCGGAGAAGGAGGAG